AAGACAGUCAAUUUCCUAUCGAUUCGAUUUCAUGUAAGUAUUUAUUUGAAAACUGAAAAUGAAAUACCUACAUUUGGAAAUACCAUGAAGUGAGCGAACGCAUGGGUGUCUAAAUUCAAUUCAAAAUAGUAAAGUUCACGUGUGAUUAAUGCAAGCCGCAAGUAGAUUGGUCACCUUUUGUUGUUUAGUCUAAACGGCAACGUCGUAGAUUACGUAAUUGUAGGUGUGGCUCUACGGCAGUUGACAGGCGUGUAAGAAGGAUAGCGAAGGAAAGAAGGAGAGCAUGGAGUGAUCGUAUUCGUUUCGUAUGGUUGUAGUUUGGUUACUCAGUUGCUGUUCGUUUCGGUCGUUUGUGGCACGAUGCAGGUGUUGAUUUUUAUUUCGAACGCUAUUUUAUACAAACUUUACAUGCAAAUAAAAAUAAUCAAAUAAACAGAGUGUCAUUUAAAUUACUUAGCUGUGAUCUCAUAAGGGUUGUGAUUAAAUACGUGUAGAAUUUAAAUUAAAAUGACUUUACCGUUGCCCAUUUCGUGCUCUCAAAGAGUUAAAGAUGUUCUUACAAAUACAAGUAUUGACCAACUAGAAAUAAGUGCCAGUAUGGCAACGAAAAUACUAGCACCUGUUAAAACCGAACAGCAAAUUUUAGAGAAUUCCAUGCUGGAGGACGAUCCAAAUGCAAACUGCAGUGUGGUAACCCAAGACCAAAAGGUGCGACCACGAUGGGGUCCGCAGCAUAAAGGUGCACAGGAGCUUGCUAACCUUUACACUACCGGUAAACGGACGCAAGAAUGUAUCUGCGUGGGUAUUUGCAUAACAUUAAUGGCAUUUAAUUGCGGAUUCCUUAUUUUACAUUUUCGAAUACGCAAUAUGAGUGCUAUUAUUACUGCAGCUUUAUGUGGUAUCGUUACGGCGGAUUUCGGUUCCGGUUUGGUGCAUUGGGGUGCAGAUACGUGGGGUUCAGUGGACCUACCUAUAAUUGGAAAGAACUUCCUCCGGCCUUUUCGGGAGCAUCACAUAGAUCCCACAUCAAUCACCCGGCAUGACUUUAUAGAGACUAAUGGUGACAAUUUUAUGGUCACCAUUCCUUUUUUGGCACGAAUGUUAUGGGACUUCUUAACGUUACCUGAAGAAGAAGUACAAAAAAAGUUUAUAUGGAAUUGCUAUGUGUUUUUAUUAGCAAUAUUUGUAGCUAUGACUAAUCAGAUACAUAAAUGGUCUCAUACGUACUUCGGGUUACCUGGGUGGGUGGUUUGGUUACAAGAGCAUCACAUCAUCCUACCACGACGUCACCAUCGAAUACAUCACGUAGCACCUCACGAAACCUACUUCUGUAUUACAACCGGAUGGCUCAAUUGGCCACUAGAAAAAUUGCAUUUCUGGACGAUAAUGGAGUACAUUAUCGAGUAUACUACAUCGUGUAAACCUCGCGCAGAUGACUUCAAAUGGGCACAAAAACGCACGUGAUAUAACAAUAGCACCAUUCGCAUGUUUAGUGUCUUAAAUAAUUCAUUGUGCCUCGAGGGGGUUUGUGGUCGGAAAAUAUCGCUUUAGAUAAUUUGCUUUUGUCGUAAGAAAGUGCUUUCCCCGAAAUUCUUUACACAGCAGAUAAUCAAAAGGUUCUGCAUUUUAGCAGAAAUCAAAUCAACAUUGUUACUGAGAUUGUGCCUAUACUGAGAGAAAUUUUUAUAAGUGUAUGUAAGUAUAUGAUAUAGUGCUCGUAUACUCAGGUCUAGCUAUCAAAUAGCUUUUUAAACGCUUACCGACUUAAUUAAUUGAACAAAGAUAUUUUUACAAUUAGUCAAGGAGUAGUUAGUGAACCACUACUUAAUAUUUUGUUAUAAAAAGCACGUAAAUCAGAAUAGUCGCGUGUACUCUGUCAAUUGUGUUCUUAAGGAUUUUUUUAGUGCUUCGUAGAAUAGUAAUCUAGAAACAUAUGUAUCCGGGGACCACAGUGCGAGAUUUGUGUAAUUUUUUUAAUAAUAAUAAUACUAUUGUACAAUUUGGACUAGAGACUUGGGUGUUCAUCCAAAUUGUAUAUCGUGAUUAUUAUAACUUUGCAAUCAGAAUGGUCAUUUGAAGCUCAUUGAACUUUUAAGAAUUUUGAGCCAUCGAAUUCUGAGUGAACGGGUGUCAAUUUUUAUUAGCAACAUCGUUUUUUGGAAAAUGAGUCUAGUCAAUCUUCUUAUUGCAGUUGGAAUUACAAAUUCUUCUGUACCGAUUUUCUUUUUUUUUUCUCACAUUACUUCCUCUUUUCUCACUAAAAUUGCUGUAUCUAGAAAAGCAAAAAAACUUAGCAUAAAGAAAUAAAUAUUUAGAUUAAAGUAGUCAUUGCAUAAUAGUUUAUUCUGUCAGAUAAGAUCCAUUAACAGGGAAUUUUGCAAUUAUUGAUCAUUAGGGCGCGGAUUUUUAGGUGCUAAAAACUUCCAAAAUAUUUAUUUUUUAUGUGCUUAAAAACAUUAAAAUAUUUACUAAAAACUUAAAAUUAUUUUGACAAUUUUCGCGAAAAAAACCUCGACAAAAACGAAAAGAAGACGUCUUUUAUGUAGCUGAACAUUACUUACCAGGAGUUUCUUUAGCAUUGCCAAUGUACAACAAAAGGCAUCUCCAAAUUAUCGAUCUCAGGUGAUUGUCGAUUGUCCCUAAAUAAUAAUUUGUACUGCGAGAAACACUGUUUCACGUCACAGGAAAUGUCUUGCGUAUUUUAAGAGAGGGUUCAUGGGACGCCGUAAAAUUUACAUGUUUUUAAAUUCAAUUGUAUAUUGGAUACUGUUGAAGAGUGACGACGCGAAUUAGUGCUCGAUUUAACUUAAGGCAUUUUACGUACGGUGUGCAAUUGAAACAGUAUCUACCGAGUCAGAUAGAUAACAAAAAGAAAGCAGCCAGUCAAAAAAUUACGGGUAGCCGCAUGCAUAAAACAGAACUUGUCAGCAGGUCUAGAAUUUGCUGAAGUGACGAAUGCAGAAACAAGAUACCAUAGUACUCACUGCAUACAGAAAUCACGUGCAAAUAAAUAUGGGGACAAAAAUGUGGAAUAUGAUGCACGCGGAAGAGAAAAAAUGGAUAAAAUAAAUUAAAAACGUUGUAUUUAUGUGGUUUUUAUGAAUAUCUUUGAAAUAUGUAUUCACAUAAAAAUAAACCAAAAAUAUGUGUUUUUAUGUGAAAUAAAAUUUCGUUUUUGAGUUACUUUUGGCUCAUCCGGGACUUUUAACACAGUUUGGGCCUUCUAUUGAUACGCAAAAAAAAUAUGUAUUUACCUAAGAAUCCGCCCCCUAUUGAUCAUAUUAUGGGUUCGUACAUUAGUACAAUCAACUUUAGUGAUGCAUAUGUUUCAGUCACAAUAUUGUCUGCGCCGUCUCAUCGAUGUAUAUCGUAAUAAUUAGCUUAUAUGUUCACUUUGUCUCUUACAGUGUGACACAUACUGCAGCUUAUUAGAAAAGGUUGGCAGUUCACAACUUGAGUCUGCUGUGCAAUUCAUAUUCCCGUCCAAAACGUAUGUCUUGCAUUUGCAUUAAUUUUUCGUCUAUCACUUAUCACCUAUUCCAUCAUCCACAUUUACUAUUUGACAGAUUACGGUGGAGACAUCUACCGGUGCGCAUUGCAACAACACGUCGAUUAACCGACGACUGACGUCGCCUAAAUAUUAACCCACUUCAUUUUAAAAAUAAGCCAUACCCAAGUAUACGUGGUUUAUACUAUUCCUACUUCAUUUAAUCCAUUUGCAAGGUAUGUUGGGUUAUGUCCCAGUGGGUUAGGUUGGGGGACUAGCCUUAGCUCAAACACCGCCCACUUGAAAAAAAGUCAAUAAAAUCCCAAAGUCCCAAAAGUUGUGUUCCUUCUUUUUCUUCUGAGCAACCAUAAACACACAUAGGGGGAUAUGAAUAGAUUUUCCUAGGUUUUCAAAAACCUCUGAUAAGAAAACUCCUGCCCUGCACCUCAACGGAAGUGCGAAAAAAAUUACAUUCUCAGUGAAACGUCGGAUCUGGUUAUUUUGAAACAUGAAAAUAACAAAACCACAAACUUGAGUUUAAAAAAAAAUGUAUGCCCAAAACACUGUGUUCCCUAAAGACUGUGUUUGGUCUACAUUUGACUCAUGCGCGACCACGUUUUGACCGGGUGGGCGUAUGUUCAACUGUUCUUAGAUGAUUUCAAUAAGAUGUCGUAUACAAAACUGUUGGAUUUUUUUUCAAAAACUAAAUCAGAAAUGACCUAUCUACCCAAAAACUUAAAUAAAGCUCUAAGUACCAUUCUUCUAAUGGUAUUUUUAGAAAACCUAAUGUAAACCUUUAUUUCUGUUCGAGAUAGAACCAUCUGCAUUCUAGUUUGGUGUUCUGGGACAAUGUUAAUACCUUUUUUUAACGUUUUCUACCCAUAUUUCAGAGGUUGGGAAUUUAUAUCAGGACGUUUGCACAAACAUAUUUGUUUCGGGAUUAAAUGAAACCAAUCAGGGGCCUUAAUACUCGGAACAAAAUAGUCCCGUUUGGACCUAAUAGCGUGAAUGAAUUUGUGCGAUAUUAGACCUUUUUGUCAAUGAAAUAAUAUACAUUUGAGUCCAUAACCUGUUUCAUACUUUUGAGAAAUAUUGAACGUUUUUAUUGUAUUUAGAUUUGUGGACAAAUGUGGAACAAAAGACAAUCACAUAAAGAGAUGACUACCUCAAAUGUUUGCUCCAUUGGUGAAAAUGACAUUUAAUCAUAAACUCUUGAUAGUUCAAUGAGAAUAAAAAAUGCGUCAGAUUGCCUCGAAUGAUCUUGGCACAGUGUUUUUAUCGCAAAUUUAUGCGUAGUAAUUGUUUAAAAAAGUUGCACCCACACGAAAAUACUCUUAAAACAUUGUAAAGCCGUCCGUCAGCAACAUUUCAAUAUAAUUCGAGGUGUUGGUAGUAUUUUAAUGUUCUUACACGAUCUGAGAUCUUUGUCGUAAGCUCUUAGAAUUAUAUAAUAUGCAUCUUAUAUCUUCUAAGACACUAUUGGCGCCAAUUAUUUCUCUGCUUGAAUUGACAGCAAGCGUGAUGAAUGAGUACAGGUGUAUCUUUUGAUUGUAUCCGAAUAAAAGUCAAAGAAAAACAUAUUUGUUACCAUGUGUAAUCUAGUCAUUUAAAGAAAUAUGUGUAAUGAUGGAUUUAUUUUCCGGUAAUUUAUUUUAAAAAAAAUAGUACGUCCUUAUAUACGAUGGGAGAAUGUAUUUUUUAGUUUUUACACGGUAGAAAGAAGGUGGAAGUUUAUUUUUUAAGACCAGCGCUUAUUGCACAGAACACCUUAAUUGCACUUACAAUUAAUUCUUCAAACUUGCAAACAUUUAGCAUUUGACAAGAUAUGCUGUUUGUAGAAGGUCUAAUAUCUUGUUAUCUUUAGUAGAAUCUCUAAAAGCCUUGAAUGCGGUUCUAUACUCCGUCUGUGCAUCAUUCACAUUGAUUUGUGUGGACACUCUGAGAUAUAAAUCAAUAAACGGGCUUUUCCUAGAUCUGCAGAGUAUGUUACAUAAACAUUUACAUAGUCGAGUUGUUCAUGUGCCAUUUAAGACUAUCAACGAAAGAUUGAAACCAUUUUUACAAAUUAAAUCAAUGGUCAUUAGUCAUUACAUAGAUGUAAUAUUUGUAAAAGAAUUAUUCAACUGUAAUCAUUUAUUGCCAAUUUUUGUACCAUCAUUUUUAUAUUAUAAGAUCCACAUAAUAUAUUGUUAGUCAAUUGCAAUACGAUUUAACAUUAAUCCAUGUGUAAGUUGGUAUUAAAUUCUUUAAUUAAUUAUAAAACUGCUCUUGUUUGAACGCAUUUUGGAUACCUGCCUAGUAAACCGCUUACCUGUUCAUUUUGAUUGUAAUAUGGUAGAAUUUGUGUUCUCCAAACACUCCAUCUUUUGUUAAAUAUGUACGUUAGUGAUUAUUUUGUGUAACAUUCCAUCGGAUAAUAAAAAAACAUUUUGUGCACAUUUUCUAAUUUCGUAUUUUGUUUGUUGGAAUUGUGUGGGGAGUGCGUAAAAUUGUAGUUGUGUAUGAUUAUAAUGCGAAUCAUUAAUGAAUGUAUAGCAGAACGAUAUGUUGGCAUGUAACUUCAAUCACUAUUUAAUAAAUGUGACUAAUUAGA